UACCAAGCGUAGACUUCGCGAUGCCGAGCGGGACUAUAAAAGCGCGAGUUCGAAUCGUGAUGGAUGAUCAAUCGCUUGAGUGUAGUCCAUCAGUUAGUGUAUCAGGAGAGAUUGCCAAGAACGUUCAACGAACGAUCCUUCCAUUCCGAAACGUCAACAGGCAGUGGCCAUCACCCUACCACGAGAGAUGUAUGUUUUCGGACUGCUCAUUUCGCUCUUGAUAGCGAUUUGCACCAUCGGGAGCACUACCGUGCGUGGAUGGCCCGUCACUAACCCGGAGGUAGUAGACAGUCUUAUCUUUGCCGAUCCAGAAGAGGCAGCUCAAUCGAUGCGGGAAAUACCUCAGUGGCACUGCUUGCGGUACUUCAAGCAUGACAUUCACCUGAUGCGACGCUGCCGCAACUAUCGGAUGCACAUGCUGCGUCGUCCCAACGAUAUGAUGUAAAGACAGAACGAGAGGAGUGGGGGCCGUCUGCCAGGAAGGACAAAAGGCCAAAUUCGUAUAUUACUCAUCGACGUCACGUUUUUCCCUAUCCCUCUACCUUUCCUCUCUCGCGAAUGGUUAAAAUGUAGAGUACAAAAUGGAACCGAGUUAAUUAAGGAACUACAAAGUUCCUCGUACUCUUUCGCUUCGAAUUUAGGUUUGACAUCGUUAACCGGCUGGGUAACGAAAUAACGAAGACAGUGGAAAACCAUGGUAUGGCACUUUGUGUGGACUAAUACCAGAACCAAUCAUUCAUUCUAUAUGCGCUAGAAAGUGAGGCAUCUUUCAUUUCAUAUUCUGUUUGAUCCCGCUUUUCUGUUCAGAUUGAAUUCAUGAGUUCUCUAUGAGUAGCUAAGUAGCUGAGUAUGCCAUAAACGUAUCGUAAUCGAAUUGAACUAGAAAAUCAAAACCUAUUAUAUGCCAGCGUUUGAUGACUUAUCGUUUGUUGUUGGUAGAAGGCAUAAGGGAGGGGGAGUGAUGAAAGUAGCCCAGUAAUCAGUCACAGUAAUAAGCUGUUCUAUAAUAAAAUCGAGUCAAACGUGUAGCACACAGAAUCGUGUUCUUUCUGUUUC